AUGUCUCGCCCCGGCGACGAAUCCCUCGACGGUAUCACCGCGCGGGCCAAGGAGGUCGUCAUUCAUGAAGAAUGCUACAACCCACUCGCCACGCUCGAACACACCAAGCAGCUCGCGCGCGCUCUCGAGGGUGCGAUUGAGGGUGAGUGCUCAUGAUCAGAGCAGAGCGGGACAGCGCGCUGAAGGGUGUGCCAACACUGACGACCCUUUGCCUUGCGUGACAGGGCAUCGCCAGCUUUGGAACUACGGCUUCAUUCACCGUGACGUGUCCUAUGGCAACGUCAUGGUCGACCGGAACGGCGCUGGAGUCCUCAUUGAUUACAAUCUGGCGGUAAAGAAGGCUCGAACGGCGGAAGAAGAGUGUCGCCUCAGCCGCUCGGUACGUUCUCUCGUCCGUGCUAGCCCUCGACACGUUCUUGGUCUCACCCAACUCCUUUCCACCCUUCCCCUGUACCAUGAUCAACCACAGGGCACGCUUCCCUACAUCUCCCGACUCCUGCUCGUACCCGAAACCGAGAGUGUGGUGCAUGAGCGAUGGCACGACAUAGAGUCCUUUUUCUACGUGGCGUCCCGCACGGCUUUUCAAUCUGAACCUUCCGACGCGACCCUUUUCGAAAAGUCGGACGCUGCAGAUAUUUGGAACGCGUGGAACGCCCAAAAGCUCAACAAUGCAGCAAUCAGGAAAGGCUGGCUGUCUACGAGAUCCGGCUUCAGGGAGCUCCUGAACGCAUGCGCAUCUCGUUGGUCUGGCGCGGAGAAGGUUCUGAGUGUCCUGCAGCAAAAUUGCUCGCUGGAAUUUUCUUUUUCGGGCCUGGAAGACUUCGAGACUGAGCCAGAACUUGCGUCGCGUUGGAACUCCGGUCAGAUGUCGUAUGAACAUGUCCAGGCGGCUUUCAAGACACUUUGCGAGUAG